CUCAGCAGCCGCGCGCCUCCAAGCGCAGUCAAAUGGCGCCUCUCCAGAGAGCCACAGCGACCAGUCCGACCAGCUGAUGUUAAUUAGAGCAGAUAACGCUUCUUUGAUAUAAUAAUAGUCUCUUUUUGUGCUAUGGUUGUGUAAGCUAUGGUUUUUUAAAAUUUGUCUGUGACAAAUGUGGACGUAUAGGAAGACACUGCGCUUAGUUGUCCAUGGAGCUGUGAUAUUCUUAUUACGGAUUGACAACUAAUAGAUUCAUCCUAAGUGUCACAGAUCCGCAUACCAUGAGCAGCUCUCGCUACAAACCCAGCUGGGACGUGGACGUGGACCUGGCGCCCCUUCUGUCCUGUAAACUGUGCCUGGGAGAGUUUCCUCUGGAACAGAUGACCACCAUCUCCCAGUGCCAGUGCAUAUUUUGCAGUCUGUGUUUGAAGCAAUAUGUCGAACUCCUCAUUAAAGAGGGCCUUGAAACGGCUAUUAGCUGUCCAGACUCUGCCUGCCCCAAACAAGGACAUUUGCUGGAAAAUGAGAUUGAGUUUAUGGUGGCUAGUGAAGUCAUGCAACGGUAUAAGAGACUCCAGUUUGAGCGAGAGGUGCUUCUGGAUCCUUGUCGGACCUGGUGUCCAUCGUCCGCUUGCCAAGCUGUGUGCCAGCUGAAUGAAUCAGAAGUGCAGCUGCCGCAGCCGGUGCAGUGCCCUCAGUGCAGUCUGCGUUUCUGCUCCGCCUGCAGGGCAGACUGCCACACCGGCCAGGCGUGUCAGGAGAGCCUGCCAAUCACCACCUUCCUGCCUGGGGAAAACGGCUCCAACCUCAAGAGUGAGGAGGAUGAGGCUCCGAUCAAACGUUGUCCUAAAUGUAAAGUGUACAUUGAGAGAGAUGAAGGCUGUGCCCAGAUGAUGUGUAAAAACUGCAAGCACGCCUUCUGCUGGUACUGCCUGGAGUCAUUAGAUGAUGACUUCUUACUGAUCCACUAUGAUAAAGGACCAUGCCGGAACAAACUGGGUCAUUCCAGAGCCUCCGUCAUCUGGCAUCGGACACAGGUUGUUGGGAUUUUUGCUGGCUUCGGUCUGCUGUUACUAGUGGCCUCCCCUUUCCUUUUGCUGGCCACUCCUUUUGUGCUUUGCUGCAAGUGCAAGUGUAAACGUGGCGACGACGACCAUCUUCCUACCUAGAGCUACGUUUCAGCGUCGGGAGGUCCCUUUCCACUCGUUCGACAAAGGAUCAGCUGUAAUCCUGUCUUGUUCUCCUAAGCACACUUUGCAGGUGCAUUGGUAAAAGACUCAUCUGUCCGUGAGACUGCACUUCUGAAUAGGUUGACUCGCAUUGAAAGGUGUUACUGAGGAGCAGAGAAGCUGAUUGGAUGAGCCACAGAUCUGUUUGGAAGCACAUUGUUACACAUUGUCUUGUAUCUUUUCUCAGCAUCACUGUUUCUUCACUUUCUGUGAUAUUAGGGUUAACUAAGCUAUUUUUGAUGUUGUUUAUCCUGAGAUAUAACCGAUUUGUCAGGAAUAUAUUUCCUGGCAGCGCUUUCAUAAUUUUCUUGUAGCAUAGUCACACAACCUCAAUAUCUCAGCCGGUUUUUUCAGUAUAACUGCAUAUGCAUGCUGGAGGCUGAGGAUGUUUCACUUUUGUACCUCGCAUACAGGGUAUCUAAUGAGACUCAGCCUAUCACUUGCUUCCUACGUGCUCUUUCUUAACCUUGUUCUUCCAUUUGAAUCUACUCAGAUACUGUACACGCACCAUAGACGUAGCAGACGUCACCUGAUGCCUUUUCGAAGCUUGUAGGCUUGGGUGUUGCUGAAAGAUUUUAUUAUCCUGGUAUCAGACAGCUGGUCACAUAUCAAUCACUGAUUAUAACCGAGCUUUCACAAACAUAAAGUAAGCUAUUUUAUACACAUUGUGAACGAUGUCAUCUACAGAUAUAUUUUUGUUGACAUAACACACAUGUUGGCUUUUGUUUGUAUUUCCAACCCAGAAGGGUCUUAUCCACAACCUGUUGAAGAUCCAAAUACAACCUGCAUUACCAUGUGCCUACCAAUUUGGGUCAGAGUAAUCAGGCCAGUGAGGCUUAACUUCUUACUUUUCAGGUCACUCUUGAAGUUGUGUAUUUAACUAAUUUAUUUUUUGGAGUAAUACUUUUGGGAACAAUUUGCCAAAUGUAAUGCGUAAGUCCACAUGUUCACUGUCUAGCACAUUAAUAACUGGUUGAUGACUAGGGUACACGUACACCUAGUUUUUGUUCUUGUUCUUUGUUAAAUAUGCCUUUAAUUUAUUUUUGUAAACUUUUUUGUGUGUGUGUUGAAACACUUUUUGUAGCUAACUGUAUAUAAUGUGUAUUUACAUGUACAUGUUUUUCACGUUUAAAUAUAUUAUUAUGCUGCAA